AUGGGCGUGGCUUGCGACGUCACACUUGGAUGUGAGGUUAUUUAGCACUGAUAGUAUGCGAAUAGGGACGCAGCAUCAGCCUCAGUCAGGCCUUGUUGAAUUUCAGUUUCAUACUUUCGUCGCUCUCAGUCACGAUGCCGACUAUUAAACUGCAGAGCUCUGAUGGAGAGAUGUUUGAGGUGGAUGUUGAAAUCGCCAAGCAGUCUGUGACUAUAAAAACCAUGCUUGAAGAUCUAGGGAUGGAUGAUGAAGGAGAUGAUGAUCCGGUCCCUCUGCCCAAUGUAAACGCUGCCAUCCUGAAGAAGGUGAUUCAGUGGUGCACCCACCAUAAAGACGAUCCUCCUCCUCCUGAAGACGAUGAGAAUAAAGAGAAAAGAACAGAUGACAUCCCCGUGUGGGACCAGGAGUUCCUCAAAGUAGACCAGGGCACCCUCUUUGAACUCAUUCUGGCUGCAAAUUACUUGGACAUCAAAGGCUUGCUAGAUGUUACUUGCAAGACGGUUGCAAACAUGAUCAAAGGCAAAACCCCAGAGGAGAUCAGAAAGACUUUCAAUAUCAAAAAUGAUUUUACAGAGGAAGAGGAAGCCCAGGUACGCAAGGAGAACCAGUGGUGUGAAGAGAAGUGAAGAUCCUGACACACUUUAACACUAUGGAUUGUU